UGGAGUGGAACGCUCUCUGCUUUUCUCUGCUUAAACGGAGGUUUUUCCAAAAAUUUACUGGCUUCUUUUCCUAACAGGGUUGCCGAUAACUGAAGGAUAAAUGUUUGAAAAAAGUACAGUCAUGUUUUAUUGGCUUUGCUUUCUGCUGUUUGACUUCUGUCUCUCCAGCAUAAUAGCAGCUCCUGCUCGUCUCGAUACUGGGCAUGUGGUACCAAUUGAAAGUAACACUUUGACCAGAGAAUUCAAUAUCCCUGAGUUAGAAGAGUAUGACUACAUCGAACUUGAGGACUACGAGGAUGAAGAGGAUGUCUACAGCUUUCCUGAAGAUGCUUUUGUAAAUAAGAAACAAUUUGCAGCUUCCAAAACCUCAGAUUCCAUACGUAAAAAAUUCAAGGGCAAGUCCCGGAUUCAGCGCCUUGCCUUGGUCAACACCGAUUUUGCCUUCAAUUUCUACAGGACCUUGCUGAAGUUGCAGCCAAGUGCCAAGAAUGUGGUCUUCUCUCCAUUUGGGCUCUCCAGCUUGAUGGCAAUGGUAAUGGUGGGGACUGGCAACAGGACCCAGGAGCAGAUCUCCCGAGCGCUUGGCUUUGAUCAGUUUAUCAAUACCAAACCAGGGACGGGUAGCGAGGUCCUGCAUGAUGUCUUCCACAAGCUCAUCCACAGGCUCUUCAGACAUGACUUUGGAUACACGCUUAAAGAUUUCUCCGGCAUCUACGUCAAGGAGGGCCUGAAGAUCAGGAAAACCUUUAAGGAUUGGUUAAAACAGUACUAUGGGGCACACGCACAGUCUGUGGACUUCUCGGAACCUCAUGUCAUCACCAAAUUCAACCAACUCAUUUCAAGGGCCACCAAGGGGAAACUCCAGGAUAUGGUAAAGGACAUUGACCCGCAGACUGUGAUGCUCAUCUUCCAGGCACUCCAUUUCAAAGGCUUGUGGGAGCAUAAGUUUAUUAAAAGCAAGACGGCCAUGCUCCAUUUCCACACCAGCCGGACGGCAGUGGUGAAGGUGCCGAUGAUGUAUGUCAGAGCGACCAUGCUUGCCACCAUGGAUCAUACCCACGAGUGCGAUGUCAUCAGUCUCCCUUACAGUGCCAAUGCCAGCAUGCUGGUUGUGGUUCCCUACAAAACCUCUGGGCUGAGGCACAUUGAGAGAGAACUCAGCUGGGAAAUGGUUGACAAUUGGCUCAAGGACAUGACAAACAGGACAAGAGAGGUCUAUAUUCCAAAGUUCACUCUACAAGGUGACUAUGACUUAAUUGAAAUGUUUCAAGACCUGGGUGUGAUGGAUCUCUUCCAGAAUCAAGCAGAUUUGUCUGGUGUAUGUGAACAGGGAAACCUGCACAUUAGCAAGAUGAAGCAACGUGUUGUAAUGAACGUGGAUGAAGAAGGAAGUGAAGCAGCCGCCGUCUCCCUUUCUGGGUUCAUUCCUCUAUCCUCACAGGCCAAAUUUAUGGCUGACCGUCCCUUCCUGUUCCUCAUCUUAGAGCAUCACACCAGAUCGUUGCUUUUCAUGGGGAGAGUGGUGAACCCUUUAAACCAAUAAAAAGGAGGCAACCCAAGUGAGGUUAUGUAAGUUCCAGCAGGAGUAAUAGCACACUACUAUGUCAAACAGAAAGCCCAGAAAAUCUGCCAAAUUAAUCACUCCCUAACUUAAUUGUUCACUGUUCAUUAUUCAUUCUUAAUGCCUGUAUUUUGUUUUAAUGUUCAGGUACCUAUUAUUUUCCAAACCUUUAAGUAAGUACCCCGUCACAUUUACACCAAAGUGGUUGAGAAUGAGGAGGGGACUCAACCCCGGAUCCCAGCACUGCUGUGCAGGACAAUGCUGGUGCUUAAUUAUGCUGUCUACUGAGGCUAAACUCUCUGUUUAAGUACAUGUAUUUGAGUGCCUUCAAAUAUCAAACUCUUCUUUUUUAUUCUGGAGUUUUUUGCCAUAUGGUUUUGGGUGGGUUGUAUAUAUAUUGUAAAUAAAUACAGAAAAUGCUGAAAGUAGCAGGUUCAAUUGCAUCCACACAGAGGCAGAAGAGUUAAUAGCUGAGCUUAGGCAAUAGCAUUGAUGGCGAGACGACUAGUGUUUGCUGACAUUGUUCUGUGCAACUGUCAGCAAUCUGGGGAUUUUCAUGCAUAUAUAACAACACAGAAAUCCAGAUGUUACCAUCAGUGAUUUGGCGUGCCUUUGCAGACUGCAAUGUUUGCAGCCUUAUUCACUGCAAUCAAGCUGAAAUCACUUGAACUGACAUAAAUUUAGCUUUUUACAAGUUACUCCCACCAUAAAUUCCCCUGAAAAUCUUAUGCUUAGUUACACGAGAUCCAUGUGGACUUUAAUGGCAUACUAAGCUAUAUUUACUCCUUAGCAAACUACCUGGCCUUAAAAUAUUAAAUUUACCUAUCUGAAUGGUGAAUUGCUUAUAUGAAUAUUUCAAAAUAAAUGGGAUUUGGAAAUAUUUUAAAAUAUUAAGAGUGCAUUUAUGAUAUUUCAGCCUCUAAUCACAUACAUGUAUUCCAACCCUUAUAUUGUACUCUCUGUAAUGUUUAAAAAGUUAAUGAAGAAAUGCUUUCUGCAUUCCUGUCUGUGGGAAGUGUUUAAUAUGAUUCACUGCUCAGCCAACUUGAUCGUGUCACUGCUGGUGGGCAGCAGGGAUCCUGCUGAUGCCUGAGAGGGGACUUUGUCACCAUAGAUCACUUGAUCUUUGUGGGAACCUUUCUUACAGUCAGUGGGAGGCACUGCUUUUUCAUCACUAAAUGCAAAUUGUAGCACAACAUUUCACCUCAAUGACUUCCAACCUACCACUGGAGUUCAUCAACCCAAAGUUAACCACUUCUCCUUCCGAUAACAUUGCUGAUCUGCUGAGGGUUUCCAGUAUUUUCUGGUCUUAUUUCAGAUUUCCAAUAUUCUGCUUUUGUAUUAGUGUAUAUAGUGUAUCAUAACUGAACAGGAUUCACUGAUUGCCUGCACAUUCAUAUUUCUAUUCAAUAUCUUAGAAAGGACACCAAAUGUAAUGCUUCUAUAACUGGAGAAUGUCCUGCAUUUGUGGGAUAUCUUUAAGAGAGUGAUGAACAGAAUUCCCAAAGAGCAGACAUUUUAUGUGGUAGAUCAAGAAGUGAUGGGUGAGGGUUCUGACUUUGAAUUUUGCUAUUCAUCUUCCCAGUGGAGGAAAAUGAAAAAUUAGAAGUAAAAUAGGAGGAAUGGAAAUGAACAUCUAUUCCUCAUAAUUCAAAGAUGCUUGUCAAAUUAUCUGAUAACACGAAUUGAAAUCAUUGC